AUGAUUCACACUGGAGAAAAACCCUUUAAAUGCCCAGAGUGUGGGAAAGGUUUUACCCGAGUUAAACUGCUUGCCGUUCAUAAAAUGGUUCACACUGGGGAAAAACCCUUUAAAUGCCCAGAGUGUGGGAAAGGUUUUACCCGAGUUAAACUGCUUGCCGUUCAUAAAAUGGUUCACACUGGGGAAAAACCCUUUAAAUGCUCUGAAUGUGGGAGAGGUUUUACCCAAGUCAGACGUCUUACUAUGCAUAAGCUGAUUCACACCGAGGAAAGGCCAUUUAAGUGCACAGAGUGUGGGAAAGGUUUUACCGAGGCCAAGUUUCUUGCUGUGCAUAAAAUGAUUCAUACUGCAGACAGGCCAUUUGAAUGCUCAGAGUGUGGAAAGUGUUUUAGUCGGCAAACCCUUCUUGCUUCACAUAAUAUUGUUCACGCAGAAGAGAAGCCAUUUAAAUGCAUGGAAUGUGGGAAAGCAUUUGCUCAGGCCAGACGACUUGCUGCGCAUCACGCAGUUCACACAGGAGAAAAAACGUUUUUGUGUUUUGAAUGUGGGAAAUGUUUUAAUAGAAAGUCGGUGCUUAUAAAGCAUCAGAGGAUUCACACAGGAGAAAAGCCAUUUAAAUGUCCUGAGUGUGGGAAAAGUUUUCGCCAGGCCUCGACUCUUGUGUCUCAUACAAGGGUUCACACAGGAGAAAAACCAUUUAAAUGCUAUGAAUGUGAGAAAUGUUUUACUUGGCAAGCCCAGCUGAUUUCACAUAAAUUGAUUCACACUGGGAAGAAUCCACACAAAUGCACUGAAUGUGGGAAAAGUUUUAGUAAGGCCUCAAAUCUUGCUUCACAUAUAAGGAUUCACACAGGAGAAAAGCCAUUUUUAUGCACUAUAUGUGGGAAAUGUUUUACACAGUCCGGAAGUCUUACUUCACAUAAACUGGUUCACACAGAAGAAAAAUUAUUUAAAUGCCCCGAAUGUGGGAAAUGUUUUCGGCGAGCUACAGAACUUGCUUCACAUAAAAUGACCCACAUGGGAGAAAAACCAUUUAAAUGCCCAGAAUGUGGGAAAUGUUUCCGUCAAGUGACAGACCUUGUAAUACACAAAAGGAUUCAUACAGGAGAGAAGCCUUUUAAGUGCACUGAGUGUGAGAAAUGUUUUGCCCGAACCACAGACCUUGCUUUACAUAGAAGGGUUCACACAGGAGAGAGGCCAUUUAAAUGCUCUGAAAUGUGGAAAAUGUUUCACCCAGCCUUCACAUCUUACUACACAUAA